CCCCCCUCCUCAUCUCUUCUAUUAACUCGAUCUCUCCCUCUUUCUCUCUCCUCCUCCCUAUUUUUAUAAUUUGGAACCUAAUCUCCCUGUUUGCUCUCUAAUUGCGUAACGUUCUAAAUUCAUUUGUUUCUGAUUAUGAUGAUGAUGAUUUCUAUUUGAGGAAUUGUAUCGAUUUUUCAGAUUAGGUUUAGGGUUUGUUGAAUUUGUGGUUUAGUGGGAGAUUGUGAUUUGAUUUGAUUUGUUUGAUGAUCAUAAUUUAAGGAAAUUGUUGAACAAAGUCUCACCUAAAUAUUGAUUUUUGUUCAUAAUUUGAUGUUUGCAUUGUUAUUAAAUGAUUAUUUGGUGGAUAAUUGAAGAAAAUGGUUUGGGAGUUGGGUGUAUCUUUUUUCCUGAAUUGAAGCUAUUACCACUUUAUGAGCAAACUGUUCAACUGAUCAAAGUGAAAUUAGCUAUAAUGUGUGAGGAUAAUAUGGCAGUGAUGAACUUAGAUGAGAGUCGCACUCAAAUCUCAGUUACCACACCGGAGCUUUUAACUAGCUAAACUAGUUGGCAACCACAUUAGACAAAAAAAAAUGGUGAUUAAACUAACUAAUCUUAAACACCAGACUUAUCAUUACUAUUGCAAUAAAACUUGAACACAUACUUACCAGGAUGAGGGAAACUUGUUAUGCUUGUGUUUUACAGCAAGAUCGUUUAAAAGUGGUUUUGAUAGGAGGAAUUCUGUCGAUUUCGAUAGAUAAAAUUGUUGUGCAGCGAAUUAGCAAUAACCCUAGUUAAUAAUAACGGAGAAGAAACUAUCGAUAAACGCAUAUCUAUGUGCUGUCUUGAAUGUGUUGGUGCAUGUAUGAGCUUUUAUUUGUUCAUGGAGUCUUCAUUUUGUUAGCACAGUGUACUUUUGUCAAUUCUGUGUAAGCAUGUGGAUUAUGGAGCACCUUCUAUUCUGAGGAGCUUCCCUUUAUACCUGCUAAUUGCAUUUGAUAGUCGUCAAUGGUUCCUGCUUGAUUCAUUUUAGCUGAAUAUGGCCUUUCCAUUGUCAUUUUCUGGGUGGACUACUGACUGUUGAUUUUCACCUUGCUGUUUUUAUCCACUGAUAUUAAGUAAGGGAUUCCGUAUGUGUAGAAUAUCCUAUAUAUGGUGAUCAGAGGGAUCCUUCAAAUUUUAUUUGGGUGCCAUAGCAACUUUUUCUUCCUAAUUGAUGAAUUUUGAAUUAUGUGUUAAUUAUGAACUGUGCUUACCAACCUGUUGUGAUCUGCAAGCUUUCGUGGCUGUGUUAACCUGCUAAGAGAAUUGUAGAUUAUCGUGCAGGGUGCUUUAUGUUCAUUUGAUUUCACUUGUCUUAUCUGAUCUUAUUUUGAACUUACCCGAACUUAUCUGAACAACUGAACUUAUUAAAACUUAUCAGAACUUGUUUAGUUAUAAAUUGUACUUGGGUAGCUCUUAUGUUUCCUGAUGUUACCUGAACUAAUAUUUCCUGAAAAAGUAGAAAUAAGUGGAAAUUUGGUGAACAAAACAGAGCUUAAGUACCUUUUGGAAACUCAUACAAUGUGUUUGAAUGAGAGAAUUUCAAGCUGUGAAGGGGGAGGGAAAGUUAUACAUCCAUUUUCUCUGAUUUAGUUAUGUAUUGGUGGAAGACAAGGGAAGGGGAGUGAAAUGAAGAGACCCAGAUUCCUCUCCCUUUUAGUAAAUCAAAGCUCAUAUCUUCCUCUGUCCCCCCCCCCCCCCCCCCCCCUUCCCCCUUCCUCUCCCCUUCCAUCAUUGUUAUAUAAACACACCGUUGGUGUUGGGAGCUCUUGCACCAUUUUUCAUGGAGUAUAGUUAGAGCAGGGUAUUUACUCUUUCUUUCUCACCCCUCAUCCGUCAGCAUUUAGCCUGACAAGUUGGACCUGGUUUUGCCUUGUACUUAUUGAUAUAAUUUCUGGAAGGUAUUGGAAGCAGUUUGCCAGUUGCCAUCAUGGAUAUAGAUCUUAGGUUGCCAUCCGGGGAAGAGGAUCUGCAAGAUGAAGAUCAAACCACUGAUAGUAAUAUGUUGGACAGAUAUGCCAAACUAGACAGCAGUGGAGAUGCAGAGACUACUCUAACUGUUGCAGAGGUGCAUGCUGAAGAGGAACUAGCUCUGGGUUCUACCACAUCGGAUCUGGCUGAAUAUAAGGAAGAUGUUAAUCUAGAGCCUCUACAUGGUAUGGAAUUUGUAUCUCAUCAGGAAGCAUAUGCUUUUUAUCAGGAGUAUGCCAGGUCUAUGGGAUUUAACACAGCCAUUCAAAAUAGUCGUCGUUCAAAAACAUCAAGAGAGUUUAUAGAUGCAAAGUUUGCAUGCUCUAGGUAUGGAACCAAGAGAGAAUAUGACAAAGGUAAUCGGCCCCGUAUCCGACAAUGUAAUAAGCAAGAACCUGAAAGUGCUACUGGCCGUCGAUCUUGUGGAAAGACAAACUGCAAAGCUAGCAUGCAUGUGAAAAGGAGGCCAGAUGGCAGGUGGGUGAUACACAGUUUUAUUAAGGAGCACAACCAUGAACUCUUACCUGCUCAAGCUGUCAGUGAGCAAACGAGAAAGAUGUAUGCUGCAAUGGCUAGAAACUAUGCCGAAUAUAAAAAUGUGGUUGGUUUAAAGAAUGACUCAAAGAUCCCCUUUGAUAAAAAUCGUAAUUUGUUACUAGACGCAGGGGAUGCUAAGCUGUUGCUUGAAUUUUUUACACAGAUGCAAACUGUGAAUUCUAACUUCUUUUAUGCUGUAGAUCUAAGUGAUGAUUUGCGAUUGAAGAGUUUGUUAUGGAUUGAUGCUAAAAGUAGGCAUGACUACGUGAAUUUCAACGACGUCGUAUCCUUUGAUACAGCCUACAUCAGAAACAAGUAUAAAAUGCCUCUUGCCCUUUUGGUUGGUGUCAAUCAACACUAUCAGUUCAUGCUUCUUGGAUGUGCUAUAGUUUCUGAUGAAAGCACAGCUACAUAUUCAUGGAUACUGCAAACUUGGUUAAAAGCAAUGGGUGGGCAAGCUCCCAAAGUGAUUAUUACUGAUCAAGACGAUGCUAUUAAAUCAGCUGUUUCUGAAGUUUUUCCAAUUACUCGGCAUUGCUUUCAUUUGUGGCAUAUCCUGGGCAAGGUUUCAGAGAAUCUCGGUCACAUCAUUAAAAAGCAUGAGAAUUUUAUGGCAAAAUUUGACAAAUGCAUCUACAGGUCAUGGGGUGAUGAAGAGUUUGAGAAGAGGUGGCAGAAGCUUGUUGUAAGAUUUGAACUUAAUAAAGAUGAUGAGUGGAUUCAGUCACUUUAUGAAGAACGUAAGCUGUGGGUUCCAGCGUUCAUGAAGGAUUGCUUUUUCGCUGGCAUGUCAGCUAUUCAGCGGUCUGAUAGUGUUAAUUCUUAUUUUGAUAAAUAUGUACAUAAAAAAACUGCAGUGCCAGACUUUCUAAAGCAAUAUGACACUAUCACUCAAGAUAGGUAUGAAGAAGAAGCUAGAGCAGACUCUGAUACAUGGAAUAAACAGCCAGCAUUAAAAUCUCCAUCUCCUUUCGAGAAGCACAUGUCAACCUUAUAUACACAUGCGAUGUUUAGGAAAUUUCAAGUUGAGGUUUUGGGUGCAGUCGCCUGUCAUCCCAAGAGAGAAAGACAAGAAGACCUGAUCACUACUUUCAAAGUUCAAGAUUUUGAAAAGAAUCAAGACUUUUUGGUUACUUGGAAUGAAAUGAAAUCAGAAGUUUCUUGCAUAUGCCAUUUGUUUGAAUACAAAGGUUUUCUUUGUAGACAUACAAUGAUUGUUCUCCAAAUAUGUGGACUUUCCAUGAUUCCAUCCCAAUACAUAUUGAAGCGAUGGACAAAAGAUGCCAAGGAGAGGCAUUUGAUUGGAGAUGGGACUGAACAAGUACUGUCUAGAGUCCAACGGUAUAAUGACUUGUGUAAUCGAGCAAUCAAAUUGGGUGAAGAAGGAUCAUUAUCCCAAGAAAGUUACAAUCUCGCCCUCCGUGCUCUAGAUGAAGCAUUCACCAAUUGCAUUGGUGUGAAUAACUCUUGCAAGACACUUGUGGAAGUUGGUACAUCAGCUACUCAUGGGCUUCUCAGCAUUGAGGAUGGCAGUCCUAGUAGAAGCUUUAGCAAGACCGCAAAAAAGAAGAAUCCGACCAAAAAACGGAAGAUGAACACAGAAACGGAGGCUAUGGCUAUUGGGUCGCAAGACGGCUUGCAACAAAUGGAUAAGCUAGGCUCCAGACCAGUAACAACUCUUGAUGGAUUCUAUGGCACACAACAGGGUGUGCAAGGAAUGGUGCAACUGAACUUGAUGGCUCCAACACGUGACAAUUACUAUGGAAAUCCACCAGCGAUUCAAGGACUCGGACAAUUGAACUCAAUAGCACCUAGCCAUGAGGGUUAUUUUGGUCAACAAACCAUGCAUGGACUGGGGCAGAUGGAUUUUUUUAGGGGACCAACUGGUUUCUCGUAUGGAAUACGGGAAGAGGCCAAUGUCAAUGUGAGGCCUGCGCAAUUGCAUGAAGAUGGAGCUAGACAUUCUUAAAAGACACCCAUUAACCCCAACCGUUGAAAAUGGUACGUUCUGUAGAUUGGAGCGUGAAGGGGCUUGUUGAGACGAUUGCAUUGCUUUAAUUUCAUGUAAAAGUAAACUUGGGGUUCAGCAAUUACUGAUGUCGUGCUAGGAUUAGUUUUAAUGUGUACAAGUGUAUAACCUGUUGUAUAAUUAUUACAAGUUUAAUUCACAGCCUAUUUGAAAUCAGGUUAGAGUGUGUUUUUCUGUUGCUGUUAUUUCCUUUGUAAAGGUGGAUCAGAUUGCAGAUUGCUCCAUUCAGCAGUUUUACAGUCAUAGUGUAUCAAGUAUAAAACAAUUAGCACUCCUUGAGUGAGGACA